AUGUGUCGAAAACGGCCGUCCCCCAGCUUCCACGCCCAAGAGGGCCACGAGGUACCCCCCGCCAAUCGCCGCCGCGUGGAUACACCUGAUCACGGAAUCAAGUUUGCCAAUCAUGUAGGAACCGCUUCGGAGGUCAGUAAGAAAACAGAGAUGUUUGAAUCGACUAGAAUGGCUCUUGAAGAUAAUCCACUUCGGACUUCCGAGACUCCGUCAUCUCCGACGAAUAAAAAAAAUAAGGAUGUUGCUCAUCAGGAGCUUGACCCUGAUAUAAUCGAGUCAGCUGAACAAAUUCAAGUUCAAGUACAAAGUCUCCAACAACAUGUGGACCAUCAGCCGCCGUCAGAGUUGUCCGAAAAGCAGAUGGCAGAGAUACGCCAGCACAUCAAGGAGGAAAUAAGAGCGAGUUCGCACCACAGAUCAAUUCAAGUUGCUCUUCCACAGGUCACAGUACAAAGUCUCCAACAACAUGUGGAUCACCAGCCGCGGUCAGAGUUGUCCGCAAAGCAGAUGGCAGAGAUACGCCAGCACAUCAAGGAGGAAAUAAUAGCAAAUUCGCACUACAAAUUAAUGCAACAUGCUACUGGAAAGUAUACACGGAUCAAGACCAGACUUCUAGAAUCAAAAGUGAGAUUCCUGAAUUUCAAGAAACGUUUGACGGGACGCUUGAAUAUGGCUUGUUUACAAAGCAAGAAGAAGGAGGGGUAG